GCCAUUCACAUUUCACACUUUGCCAUAUCUAAGCCACGAGAGAGAGAGAAAUGAGUAGGGUCAUUGUGUUGUUAUUGGUGAUGUUGAUGGCCUUAAGCCACCAUAUCCAUGCCAACAAGGGCGGCCGCCACUACCGUCCCAAAGACUACUUACGCGCCCACAACAAGGCCCGGGCUAGGGUGGGGGUGGGGCCCCUCGUUUGGAACGAAACGUUGGCAGAGUACGCCAAGGCCUAUGCUCAAGUACGGUCUCAAGAUUGUGAAAUGCACCAUUCAGAAGGCCCGUAUGGCGAAAACCUAGCAGCGGGGAGUUGGCAGGUAAGCGCGAAGGAGGCUGUCCGCAUGUGGGUCGAUGAGAAGCAUUUGUACGACGUUAAAGCCAAUCUUUGCAAGGGAGAAUGGAGUAGUUGUUUGCAUUAUACGCAGGUAGUUUGGCGAGGCACUCAUUCCGUUGGAUGUGCUCACAUCCCGUGCCCGGAGGAGUGGACCUUUGUCAUUUGUAACUAUGAUCCCCCGGGUAACUAUGUCGGAGAACGUCCCUUUUAAAUUGCUACAUCUUGUAUGAUUAUGAUUUGUUGGAUUUAUUUGCUUAUU